UCACAUUUAUCUGUUUCUUCGUCGAUUUUCUUAUCGUUUUCAACAGCUGAAUCUCAGUUUUCAGAGAAGUUUCUUUGUUAGGGUUUUUCUAGGGUUUCUGUGUGCAACCAGUUGUGUGACGUGAUCUUCCCAUUGCAGUAGCACUGUGUUUCUUUUGCCUUGCAAGAAGGGCUACAGGGCCUUCUGAACUCUGGGGCUGCAUUUCUUGACUUACAAGGAUUAAUGGACGGUGCGGAACGUUCUCUCGACCGCAGAGAAGCUGCCGGAGCAAUCGAGGCGUUGUCAGGAGCUAUGGAGUCUCAAAUUUCGGAUGAAAACCUAAUCGCUAAUCUGAAAUCCCAGAUUCGUCUUCUCCAAGACAGAGUUAAGGAAUUAGAAGAUGAAAAUUCGAAACUAUCCACUCGGCUUUCAAGUUGUUGCUGUUCUGAGAGGAAGAUAAAAUUUGAGGACGGCAAUAGCUUGAUCGAGAAAAGCAAGGAAUAUGAAAGUCCGAGAGACAAGACUAUUAAGAAGAAAGCAGUAGAAAAAACAGGAUAUGAUGCAAGGACCAUGGAUCACUAUUCAAAGAGAUACAUUGCUCUAAAAGUCAUGUAUUUCGGCCAGAGGUUCUACGGUUUUGCUUCAGAGGCCCAAAUGGAACCAACAGUUGAGUCUGAAAUUUUCAGAGCUCUUGAGAAGGCUAGGCUUCUUGUUGGUGGUAGGAAGGAGUCUUGUUAUUCAAGAUGUGGGAGAACAGACAGGGGGGUCUCAUCUGUUGGACAAGUAAUCGCUCUUUAUUUACGGUCAAAGCUUAAGCACAACUCCAGUGUUGAAAAUAAUAAUCAUAAUGCAGAAGAGCAACACGAUGAAGAAAUUGAUUAUGUGAGAGUAAUGAAUAGAGUCUUGCCUAAUGACAUUCGGGUUUUGGGCUGGUGUGCUGUACCAGUUGGCUUCAGUGCAAGAUUUAGUUGUUUAAGGAGAAAGUAUAAAUAUUUAUUUUGGGGAGCAAAUUUGAAUAUCUCGGCUAUGGAGAGGGCUGGUAAGAAAUUUGUAGGGGAACAUGACUUUAGAAAUUUCUGCAAAAUGGAUGCAGCAAAUGUUCACAAUUACAGGCGACGUAUCUUGUCAUUUGACAUCUCUCCUUGUGAUAUGAGGAUGGAAGGCAAUAAAUUAUGGGUAUUCAACAUAGAAGGCAGUGCUUUCCUUUGGCAUCAGGUCCGCUGCAUGGUUGCUGUAGUCUUCAUGGUUGGCCAAGGCCUUGAGGAUCCUGAUGUCAUAGAUAUUCUACUGGAUCCAUCAAGAAUACCAAGGAAGCCUCAAUACGUUAUGGCUUCAGAAAAUCCUCUGGUUCUUCAUUCUUGUGAAUUUGAAGUUGUCAAGUUUGGGUGUUCAUCAGAUGCUGGAGAAGCUCUAGAGUCGCAUUUAACGAAUCAAGUCCAAGCAUACGAGCUCCAAGCUGCAAUUUUCAAAGAAGCUCUCUUAAGCUGUUUGCCCAUCACAGACGAUCGGAGUUCCUCGGAGAAUAGAAAAUCAAAGAAGAAAAUUUGUCAUGUUGCCCUAUUGUCAAGACCAACUGAGCCUUCAUAUGAAGAGCGGCGUGCCAAGCUUGACUCAGCCUCAAAGAGGAGUUGAUCAAAUACAUCUCCGUAGGCAUGGUUUUGCAGAGUUUUGAAUGCCAAACAUCAAAAGAGCAGAAGGCAGUAAUCAUGAGCACCGGUAAUGAAGGGGAGGCGACCCAGCCGAUCCCUCCUGCGACCAAAAGCUGACAGCCCAACCAGUCCCUAAACAUCAACUUGCACCAUCAUCAUGAAUCCAGGUGCAUGAACUCAGACCAAAUCAUUUUUCUCACUUACCCUGCCCCCCCCUUCCUUCCAAUUAUUAUUCAUAUCUUUAUGGUUUUAUUAUAUUGACAGUGACAAGUGAUGGUCCUCUGCCUUAUGUUUUUUAAUGUUCUCAAACUAAGCUAAAGUUUAGCUUGUUUUUGUCACAAAGAUUAGGUUUCUUUUCUCUGUUUCUGAAAAAUGAUUGGCGAUGAACUACCCUGCAGUGUCAUUGGGGCACUGCAUUGGAGUUAGUGAUAAGUUGAGGGCUUUAAGAAAAUGGGUUCGAACUUCGAACCAGGGUAACUAUCUAACUGACUGGGUUGGCCUAAUGAUUUUUUAUGGUUUUAUUAUAUUGACUGUGACAAGUGAUCGUUCUGUGCCUUAUGUUUUUUAAUGUUCUGAACUCAGCAAAAA